UAGUUGAGAAAAUGCAUUCAUUGUGAUUGGUUGUAAAAGCGCUAUUAUUAUAAAGGAAAAUAAAACAAAUUAAAAUUUUUGUGUUACUUUAUUUAAGCUUUAUCAGAAAAAAAGCCGGUUGUUUACUAGAAAAAUAGAAAUUUUAUAAGAAUAUAUCUACUAUUAAUUGCUCAAUGUUUACAACAAAAGAAAAAACUAAACACGUCUGAUUUAUUUGUUCUCAUAAAUAUAACUUGAAAAAAAAUAAACCCAACAACAAAAAAAGCAUAAAACAAAACAAACGUUAAGAAAAAAAUAUAAUAUAAAGAAAAAUUCUUGUGUUUUCUGAUAAAACAAAAAAUUGUGUGUCAUCGUUUCAAAACGUUAUUAAAAUUGUUGUUAUUGGAGUUCUGCUUACUUGCUUGUUGUUGUUGUUGCUACACUGUGUGUUUUUUGUGACUUACGUUUUUUCGAUUUCUUGAAAAAGAAAAGCAAUUAAAAAACAACUAAACUAAGCAAUUGUGUUUACCGUUUUAACAGCAUUUCUUUCAUUUUUUUUAUUUAUUUGUGCAAAAUUAUUAACAAAUCAGCAAUUUAAAAUUCAAUAAGCAAAUUGUUUCAGCACAAAGUAGCAGUUAUCGUAUAAAGAAAAAUCUCUAAACCAUCAAAAAUAUGUCGGAAACUAAAAGUUUUUCCAGCAUUGAAACCCCUGGCUAUGUGGGCUUUGCCAAUCUACCCAAUCAGGUGCAUCGUAAAUCGGUGAAAAAAGGUUUCGAAUUCACUCUAAUGGUAGUGGGUGAAUCGGGUUUGGGUAAAUCGACUUUAGUGAAUAGUUUAUUCCUAACAGAUCUAUACCCAGAACGUAUAAUACCCGAUGCCAUAGAAAAACAAAAACAAACUGUCAAAUUGGAAGCUUCCACAGUGGAAAUCGAAGAGAGAGGCGUUAAAUUGCGUUUGACAGUGGUGGACACACCCGGUUUUGGUGAUGCCAUCGAUAAUGGUGAUAGUUUUAGUGCCAUAUUGGAGUAUAUAGAUGAACAGUAUGAACGUUUUUUGCGCGAUGAAAGCGGUCUGAAUCGUCGUAAUAUUGUGGACAAUCGUAUACAUUGUUGUUUUUAUUUCAUAUCACCUUUUGGUCAUGGUUUAAAACCUCUAGAUGUGGAAUUUAUGAAAAAAUUACACUCCAAAGUCAAUAUAGUGCCCGUCAUUGCCAAGAUAUUCAGAACAUCGCUUUGGAACUGUCACAGUCAUAAUCAUAGAAAGAUUUUCAACUCGGCGACGACUGUUUCUAACGAAAGUUUUUUACUCCAGGAAAGAUCGCUUGAAGGUUGUGAUUAUGUGUGUAAAAAUGAAAAGGCUUUAAAUGAUCAUAUACGUCACAAACAUCGUUUAUUAUCGUGUGAAUAUUGUCAGGAACAAUUUACUAGACAAAAACUAACAGCUCAUUUACGUAAAAUACAUCGUGCCGAAAUUGAUGUAGAAUUAGCUGGCGAAUCUGAUAACUAUUAUAAAUCUCAAUUACUUAAUAAUAACAAUGAUAUUACACAAAUCUCGUUUAAUUUACUUAAUACUCAACAGCAACAAACACAACAACAGCAACAACAACAAACGCUAUUAACAAAUAAUUCAUCAAUACAACUGCCACCAUCUUCAUCUUCAUUAUCAUUAUCAUCUGCUCAAACUUUAAAUGCUGUUAUAUCAAACUCAUCAUCAUCGAAUACAUUGACAACUACAUCAGCAUUAUCACCUAUUAAUACAUUACUAACUGAUUCAACCACCAUUACAUCAUCAUCAUCAGCAGCAGCAGCAGUUUCAUUAACAUCUUGUUUAACACCCACCAUAACAACAAAAGAAGGUACUAAUUUAAUUACUAAUACUACUUCCAUUUCUACACACAAUCUUUUAAAUGAUGUUGAUCAUCAUGAUCAUGAUCAAUUGUGUGCCAUGUUUGCAACAGAUCAUCAUGAUUCAAAUACCAAUACCACCUUAGGUUUAAAUGGUUUGGUCUCUAGUGAACAUGAUGAUUUAAAUUUAGUAAACAAUGAUGCAACCAAUAUGUUUUUGGUACCCACAACGUCAUCCACAUCAAAUGAUAACCAAUUAGAUCAGUAUUUUAUGGCCUCUUUAAUUGAUACUGAACAGGAAAUCAUUGUUACAUAGCAUCAAAUAUUUUAAAUUUAAUUAUACAACAAAUAAUCGUAGUGAAAUGAAAACAAAAAAAAAAAAACAAAAUUAAGUAGAAAUUUCUAAAACCCAGUAAAAUGAAAGCACUGAAUUUCUAAACAAAGCUUUUAUCUAAACAAUUUUUUUUAUAUAAAUUUAAUAACUUUUUUUUUUAAACCACAA